GAACGAGGAAGGGGGGGAGGCCGUGUUCUGCGUGGCGGGGGCUGAACUUCUGGCAUCGGCCACUUGCUCGAGAGACGUCCUGCCAUGAUGAAUGAAGUCGCAAUAGUGAAGGAAGGCUGGCUCCACAAACGAGGAGAGUAUAUUAAAACAUGGAGGCCGAGGUAUUUUCUGUUGAAGAACGAUGGGACGUUUAUAGGCUACAAAGAGCGGCCGCAAGACGUGGACCAACGGGAGUCCCCCUUAAAUAACUUCUCUGUGGCUCAGUGCCAGUUGAUGAAGACGGAGAGACCCAAACCGAACACAUUCAUCAUCAGAUGCCUCCAGUGGACCACAGUAAUUGAAAGAACGUUUCAUGUGGAGACUCCAGAGGAGCGGGAAGAAUGGACAAAAGCCAUCCAAACGGUAGCAGACAGCCUUAAGAAACAAGAGGAAGAAAUAAUGGAUUUUCGAUCUGGUUCCCCCAGUGAUAAUUCAGGAGCUGAAGAAAUGGAAAUUUCUAUGAUGAAACCAAAACAUAAAGUGACUAUGAACGAAUUCGAAUAUCUUAAGCUGCUGGGAAAAGGCACAUUUGGGAAGGUUAUUCUGGUGAAAGAGAAAGCAACGGGACGAUAUUACGCUAUGAAAAUCCUGAAGAAGGAAGUAAUUGUAGCAAAGGAUGAAGUGGCUCAUACCCUGACAGAAAACCGUGUUUUACAGAACUCUAGGCACCCUUUCUUAACAGCUUUAAAGUAUUCCUUUCAGACUCAUGACCGGUUGUGCUUUGUGAUGGAGUACGCCAACGGAGGGGAGCUGUUCUUCCACCUAUCGCGGGAACGUGUCUUUUCUGAAGACCGGGCCCGCUUUUACGGAGCUGAGAUUGUAUCGGCGCUGGACUACCUACAUUCAGAGAAGAACGUGGUUUAUAGAGACUUAAAGUUGGAAAACUUGAUGCUGGAUAAAGACGGGCACAUAAAGAUAACGGAUUUCGGGCUAUGCAAAGAAGGGAUCAAGGAUGGAGCAACAAUGAAGACUUUCUGCGGCACGCCGGAGUAUCUCGCACCAGAGGUGCUGGAGGACAAUGACUACGGGCGUGCGGUGGACUGGUGGGGUUUAGGAGUCGUCAUGUACGAAAUGAUGUGCGGGCGGCUCCCGUUCUACAACCAGGACCACGAGAAGCUCUUUGAACUCAUUCUUAUGGAAGAGAUCAGGUUUCCGCGCACGUUGUCGCCAGAAGCAAAAUCUCUUUUAUCGGGCUUGUUAAAGAAGGAUCCGAAGCAAAGGUUAGGUGGUGGACCGGAUGACGCCAAGGAGAUUAUGCAACACAAAUUUUUUGCCGGCAUCGUAUGGCAAGAUGUAUAUGAAAAAAAGCUGGUACCUCCAUUUAAGCCACAGGUGACGUCUGAAACGGACACCCGCUACUUCGAUGAAGAAUUCACGGCACAGAUGAUCACAAUCACCCCUCCAGACCAAGACGACAGUAUGGAUUGCAUUGACAGCGAGCGACGACCUCAUUUCCCUCAAUUCUCAUAUUCCGCCAGCGGGACAGCUUAAUGUUUUGCUUGUCCACACGGAGAAAGUGGUUCAACCGCAUUUGGUGGACAUUUAUUUCGAUGACGGACACUAGAGAACUCUCUACGACACAUGAAUUGCAAACUAUGUUUGUACCUGGGUUCAGCUGAAUUUGUAGAAAGUCUUGCAGGUUGUAUAUUUAAAGCAAUCCUGGCGCGAUUUUGAGACCGAAUCUCCGAUGC